GCCACGCCCGGCUCCCCGGGGUGCUGGGGGAGGGGAGAGGCGCGGAGAGAAGAGAGGCCGGGCUUAUUACUGUGGGGCUCCAUGACUGGGGCACAAGACGCACAAACUGCUUGGGGAAAGGGUUCUAACUAAACGCGGAUAGUUCCUUCCUUGUGUGGAAACUGAGGAGACCUUCAGCCGCCGACAGGUGAGAGGUCUCUCCUGCUCUUACUCCAUUGAUUGGAACUUUGUGUGUCUUGUGGAACUACAAGCACCAGCAUUCCGUGUGGUCGGAUUUAUAGGGUUCCUUCUGUGACCAUCCUCCCUGCUUGCCGAAAUGUCUUCCAGGCCGUUUGAAAGUCCGCCACCUUAUCGACCAGAUGAGUACAAACCAUCUCUCUAUGCCCCCAGUCAAGACAUGUACGGGGGGAAGAUGCCCUCUCAGCCUGCAUAUUCCUAUUAUGCAGAGGAUGAAAUCCAGCACUUCUACAAAUGGAGUUCUCCACCAGGAGUCAUCAAGAUAAUGGCCAUCCUCAUUGUUGUCAUGUGUGUAGGAAUCUUUGCAUGUGUAGCCUCCACGUUACCAUGGGACCUGGAUAUCAGUGGAAAUUCUAUGGGAUAUGGCAUGGGGUAUUCUGGGGGUUAUUCUGGUGCAUACAAUGGCUAUGGUUUCGGAACAUCUCAGAUGGGCUAUGGCUUUGGUUAUGGAGGAAACUAUACUGAUCCCCGUGCAGCGAAAGGGUUCAUUCUUGCCAUGGCUGCAUUUUGCUUUAUUUGUGGUAUGGUAAUAUUUGUAAUGACCACAACAAGGACAGAUAUGUCUACCACUAGGAGAUUCUACCUGAUUGUCAUGAUUGUCAGCGGAAUCCUGGGAGGAUUGAUCUUCAUCGCUACAAUUGUCUAUAUCAUGGCUGUGAAUCCUGUCGCUCAAGCAUCUGGAUCAGCUUUCUACAACCAGAUUGUAUCGCUAUGUAGCCAGUUCUAUUCUCCUGUAACUACUGGAGUGUUUGUUAAUCAAUAUCUCUACCAUUACUGUGUGGUAGAACCACAAGAGGCUAUUGCCAUUGUCCUGGGGUUCCUUAUAGUUGUAGCAUUUGCCAUUAUCAUAUUCUUUGCUGUGAAAACAAGGAGGAAGAUCAACAACUAUGGGAAGCAGAACAUUUUAUGGAAAAAAGAUAAGACUGCGGAAGAGGGAGAUCCUAACGUGGAGGAAUGGGUGAAGAAUGUGACAUCCGAUCCUGAGCAGGUACCGGCCAUGUCUGAAUACAACGAGAAGGUCAAUGGAUCUAUUAUGGAGCAUAGAAGUGUGAAUGGUCUUCAAGCUUAUUCAGAGCACAGCUUCAGGUCACACCAAAUCCAAGAGGAGGUGUACCCAGUGAAAAAUGAAUCUGGCUAUUCACCAAAUGUUUACAGCAGCAGCUCUGAAGCCAGCAAGAAAGCGCCACGAAAAAAACGGCCAGGUAGACCCAGAAAAUCUCCCAAUGACUAUGACACGGAUUAUACAACAGGAGGAGAGUCUGCUGAAGAACUGGAGGAUGAUGACUGGGAAAGUGAAUACCCUCCCAUCACAUCAGACCAGCAGAGGCAAGAGUACAAACGAGAGUUUGAUGCCAAUCUGCAGGAAUACAAGAAGUUACAAGCAGAGCUGGAAGAUGUCUCCAAAUCCUUGGCUCAGCUUGAUCAAGAGCUGGAUGAACACCCAGAAGGCAGCCAGUCAUACAAGGCUAUUGCUGAUGAAUAUAAUCGCUUAAAGGAUAUUAAAUCGUCUUUCGAUUACAAGAACAAGAGGAAACACUGCAAGCAGCUAAAAACCAAACUGAACCACAUCAAGAACAUGGUUAGCGACUAUGACAGGAGCAAAUAAAAGCAACAUGAUUCCAAGAUCUGGGAACAUAACAAGAACUUUCCCACGUUUUGACUUUCAGAAGAGGUCACCAGCAACUACAUAGUUAAUAUGGUUGUGUUUUUCAUGCUUUUCUAACUGAUGUAUAUCCCCAACCCCCAAGUUUUAAAAUGUACAUAAGUUUAUAUUUAUAUGGUGUUUAAGGAUAAUGUGUGUGUUUUUUUUUAAUGCAAGUACUAGUCCUUUUUAUACCUAAAUUUUACUGCUGGCCUUCCCAGUAUCUGAGGUCUUCCUGACAGAACAUUCACUGGCACUUUUUCUUUUGACCUUGAAAUGUCACUGACACUGUGAGAGUCAGAUCCUUCCAUUUCCUAGAAGACAUGGUAGGCAUCUGUAAAUUGCAAAGAUAUUUUUCAACAGGUUUUGGCUACAGACACUUCUGGUCACUAGAAGCACAAUGGGGGAUGAUUUAGUAAGACUGGUGAAUUACACAAUGGUGUUAAUUUAAAGUCCUCAGGGGUAAGAUGUGUCCGGUUUAUUAAAAGGCAUAAAUGUUGAAAAAUUUGGUGCAUCUUUCUUUGUGUUCAUGCACCAGACUAUGAACUGGAGUAGAUUUUGAAUUUAGUUAAAGGGGUAUUCUGGUUUUAGACAUUUUAUCUCCUAUCCAAAGGAUAGGGGAUAAGAUAUCAGAUCGCAGGGGGUCUGCCCCCCCCAUGAUCUCCCUGCAGCACCCACACUAUGUGCGGAACUGCAUCUCCAGGCUCGGAAACCGCAAGUUUCUGGAACUGGAGACGUGACUUAACACCACGUCCCCCUCGUCGCGUCACAACCCCCUACAUUCAGGUCUAUGGGAGGGGCGUGUCAUUACGUCACAUCUCCAAUGCCAAAAAUGUACGGUUUCCGAGCCUGGAGAAGUAGCUUCGCACAUAAUGCUGGUG